AUGCUUCAGUGGCGUGCCCAGGUGGCUUCAGCGGCUCCCAGUUGCAUCAGCGCCCCGAGGACAGGGGACGAAACAGCCCCUCGGUGACAUUAAACCCUAGCAAGCCGCGUUUGACAGGUAGAGCAAGACACACCAUAUGCAUCCACCAUAAGACACAUAGCAAAGCAUAACUCGGCGCUCUUAAAGGUUCUGUUAUUAUAUAUAUGACUCGGCAUAUGUAAACCAUCCCCUCGAGAUCAGCCACCCUUAUUCAAGCCCUCGCACGGCAUGAUUUCGUCCCGUUUGGGCUACCGUUGUUUGCCGCGACACAGCAUGUUGACCCGUGUUGUACGGCCGAAGACGGCGCAUCCGUCGCUAUGCAUGCCGGGAAUCGUGCAAUACAAGCGGUACGACGCAUUUGAUGCGCAUCUCGAUCCAGAGGUACUUGCCGAGGCACGUCGGUGGCGGAAGGGAUUCGACUGGAGCAUGCUCCCCGAAGGAUCAACGACAUUUGCUCGGUCCAGUGGCCCCGGUGGCCAGCACGUAAACAAGACGGAAACGAAAGCGACGUCUGUGUUCCCGGUGUACGAACUCGCUAGAGUCCUGCCACACGCCCUUCGGAGCGCCUUACAGAAAUCCAGGUACUACGUUGCCAGCAGCGAUUCGCUUAACUUCCAGUCUCAAACCAGCCGUUCUCGCACAAGCAAUCAAGAAGAGAAUAAGUCGAAGUUGUGGGAGGAGAUUUUGCGCAUCUACGACGCCAACGUGCCUGGUGAGACAAGCGAAGCAAAGCGGGAGAAGCACCGCAACAUAGCAAAGGUUUCAUUCUGAAAGGCUAAAGAGCAAAAAGAUGCUGAGCUCCAAGAAGCAGUCUCGACGUGGACCGGAUUGAGUCAGCGUUUGAUAUCCGCGCGCAUGUAUAAUAGUGUACAAAAGGCAUAGCAGGCGUUUUGAUUUCCCAUUUAUAACAAUGUAUUAUGUUAUUCAAGACUAUUAAAGCUCAACUAAAC